AUGUUUGAAAGCAACUUUGUAGACGUCCUCGGGUAUUUGAAGACCCUGUAUCUGUGUUGUGGUUUCACCAUUUCUGGCUCUGAUCGUGCACCCAUACCAUCAAAAUCGGGCAGUUUGGCUUGGGGUAUGAAUGUCAUCAUAAUGCAGAAGCUGAGUGAAGCAGCACAUCCCCUGAUAUCUGCUGCUGCUGAUGUCAGUGCUGGAUCUUCUGCUCCCAUCCAACCCAGGAGAAGCUCCCUUCCUCUGCAGGGAGUUCAGGGAGGGAGCGGUAGUGUCCUCCCGGAGGUCCUGCAGACAGUGCCUAAGUUCUGCUUCCCAUUUGACGUUGAAAGAGUGUCCCAGACUCAGGUGGGCCAGAACUUCACAUUUGUGCUCACAGACAUUGAGAGCAAGCAGAGGUUUGGUUUCUGUCGGCUGACAUCCGGCUGCAGGGUCUGCAUCUGCUUGCUCAGUUAUAUCCCAUGGUUUGAGAUUUAUUAUAAGCUGCUAAAUACCCUUGCAGACUACUUAUCAAAACACCAGGAAAACGACUUGAACGACAUGUUGGAAACGCUGCACAUCCGCCCUGUGCCAAAGCCGAAUACGCCAGUGAAUAUGAGUGUGAGCAACCACUUACAUUUUGCCAAUGGGCAAGUAGUGCAGGAUCCAGGAAGCAGACAGUCGCAUUCAUACUUCAUAGCUCCUGAUAUUAAUGGACUCCCCACCAUACCUGAAAGUAGAAAUCUAACAGAGUACUUUGUAGCAGUGGAUGUGAACAACAUGUUGCACCUCUAUGCCAGCAUGCUGCAUGAGCGACGCAUCAUCAUUACCUCAAGCAAGCUUAGCACUUUAACUGCAUGCGUUCAUGGCUCCGCCGCCAUGCUCUACCCUAUGCACUGGCAGCACAUCUUCAUCCCUGUACUUCCUCCUCACCUGCUGGAUUACUGCUGUGCGCCCAUGCCAUAUCUGGUCGGAGUUCAUCUCAGCCUUUUAGAGAGAGUAAAGAGCAGAUCCCUGGAGGAUGUGGUCAUUCUGAACGUGGACACAAACACCCUGGAAAGCCCCACAGACGACCUGCACAACCUGCCCAGUGACGUGUGGCACAUCUCUCUAGAAGUCCUGGAUUUUCUGAAGGCGCAGGGAAGAAGGGGGCCAAUUAUUAGAUCCUGCUUUUCUGCCACCUGCCAGCGCCUUCUCUCUUUAAUUAAUGGAGAGCCAAUCACCUUCUGCGAGAAGAGCUUCGUGGCACACCGCUCUAGCACCAUGAGAAGUUUCCUUGAGAUGGCCGUGAACCUGCAACUCUUCAAGCAGUUCAUUGAAGGCAGACUGGCCAAAUUAAACGCAGGAAGGGGCUUUACAGACGUCUAUGAAGAGGAGAUCACAGAGGGGCGCUUCUGUAGAAGUAAUUCGAGGUCUUAUCAGCAGUGGAUUCACACCAAGAUGCGGCAGAGGGCAAAACCGGUCGUGAAAAACCUUCAGAUGGCCAAAGAUCAUGCAAAACGGAAAAUACGCGACAUGAAGGACAAGAUUACACAAAAGGAUGCUGAAGAGGAGGAAAGCCCGUACUGUGCAGGUUCUCCCACCAGCACUAAAAGCCUCUCACCCAGGAGACUUCAGAGGAAAGCGCAUCAAAAUCCAAAGUCGUCUCCACACAUGAGCCUGUGUUUUCCGGACGGUUAUAACAACGACAACAAUGACGACACAGCCAGCAGAAUAUCCUCUGAGGACAGCGGGGAAGUGGCGUCAUACAAUGAAGACAGUGAUGACUCUGAUUUAGAGUUUCAGUCUGAAGUUAGUCAAACGGGGCAGAUGAACCUGCUGGAGGAGAUUUUGGACUCUCUCAGUACAUCCCACAUUGAACAAGGGCGACUGUCCGCCGCCAAGAGCCUGGACUUUUUAAGAUCAAUUGAAGACCUAAACUACAAUCCCACGAAAAAUCGCAAGUCCCCACUGGGAAGUAGCCCUGCUCAGGUCGAUUGUGAAGUAGAAAACGGAGAACAAGGCGGAUGGAAUAUGGGUCAAGAUGACAGCGUCGUCCAUGGUAAGCAUCUCCCACCUUCGCCUCGACGCCAAGCCAGCUCCCGUUCCCUUCCUGUCCGUCCUCCCCUUCCCAAUGACCUCACCAAUGAAGAGAACCCGAGGAACUCUCUCCCUGAGACACCCAAAAUUCAACUCUCGGUACCUUGCGACACGGACAAACCCUGCAGUUCCCAGCUGAGCCCAGACAACCGACAACCAGCAGGCCGCAGCCUCUCCCGACAGAAGGUCUUUUCAAGAAAAACCCAGAGGCCAUCCCAGGAACAUGCCCAGCAGAAGGCAGCAAGCAGGCAACAUUCGGUCCUCGUUCCGUGGGAGAGGGAAAAACAGCCCCAGGAGACAAAUAUGGAAGAAAGAGGGAAUGAGACUCAGGAGAAAGGCUUGCUGGAGGAGAUUGAGUCCAUGUGUCGCAUGAGCACGGCCCUCAAAAGCAACCAGGAGCUCACACACAUCCGAAACAACACCAGCCUGGACAAAUCCUGAGAAAACGGCACAACACUCACGUCUAACCUUUCUCUUUUCGUAUUCACGCUGUCCUCUGAUGUCACACCAGCACUCUUUGCAUGAAGUGUUUGCAAAGGUGUUUUGUAGUUAAUGUGAAUGUUCGGUCCUCUUAUUUCUUACAUUCGGUCCGAAACAACAAACGGUAUCAUUCAGAACUGGUGGUUGGAAAGGUGGUUGGUUUAAAGGGAUUUAUGUCAGCAUUCAACAUCAAGUUUUAUUUAUUUCAGCAGAUGAUUGCACUUGCGUAGUUUCAAAUCACUGUUUCGAUAAAUCACUGUGGAUGAGGGAUGGAUUUCCCCCUGUAUAUUUUACUAAAUCGUACGAAAGUAUUUAAAUAGCGAGCAAAUCUCAGCUUAAUAUAAUGCCUUAAACAGAUUUAAUUUGCUUUUACACAGUAUUUCCUGACUGUGCCACUGUAGCUGGCUAGCUUGCUAACUACUAUCACUGUCUUUUGCAUGCGACACGUCUUUUAAAGAGAUAUUUAUCUAGGCCAGGUGGACAACUGGUUCUCAAUUUGCUAUAUUU